UAAACACUGUUAUCUCCCUGACACAGGCUGCCACUGCCCUACCACCCACGGAUGUGAUUCUACUAUGCCCUCUUCACCUUCACCUCCUCCCAGUACCUUUCCGCUCGGCCAAACGCCUUUACUCUUUGAAUCUCGCAAUCGAAGCAUGUCGACUUCGAGCAGGAAGGCCGCAUUGAACAUUGACUUCAUUAUCGUCGGUGGAGGUAUUACGGGUCUCGCUGCAGCCUACAGAUUAAGCGAGGCUGGACAUAAUGUUCAUGUCCUCGAAAAAGCGCCAGGGCCAGCUAAACUUUCAGGUGGCAUACGCUGUCCGCCAAACCUCACCAAAGUGCUUGUAGAAUGGGGUCUUGCAGAUAAACUUGUAGAGGAGGCGCAAGCGGUACGAGUGAGAGGAAGUUUAUUUCAUUCGAUGGACAGUGGAAACGUGGUUGGGUACCUUGAGUGGCAAGAAGACGUACUUCAAGAGUCGGGAGCAGAGUUUCUCCUAUUACACUAUGAAGACCUCCAUCGCAUGCUCUACGACCUGGCUAUCUCGUGUGGCGCUCGUGUUUCAUAUAAUUCCAAUGUUGCUAGCGUUAGCGCUGAACCGCCACGCGUAGUACUGACGAGCGGCGAGGAAUUUACCGCAGACGUUAUCAUUGGUGCGGAUGGCAAACAUAGUAUCGUUAGAGAGACUAUUGAGGGGGAGGUAGUCCAAAGCGUACCGUCGGGUAUUAGCUUGUACACAGCAAUGGUUCCCAGAGAUAUGCUCAAAGAUGAUCCGGAGCUUUGCGCCCUGUCUAAUGUAGAGAGCCAGCGGGGGCCUGAGUAUCCGAUAUGGAUGGGUUCAGGUUGUAGUGCAUUAGCCCAUCCUGUGCGUGGAGGAAGUGAAUUUUGUGUUCAGCUGACCUGGCCAGAUGAUAAACUGGACGAGGAGGAUGCAAAAUUAGAGGGAUGGUAUGUGCCAUGGCCGGUCAAAAAUUUGUGUUUAGAUGGCUGUGACCCAAGGUUGCAGCGGCUAAUCUCUCUAUCUACCACCUGCCAGCGGGAGAAAUUUGUAAAGCAGAGCUUUGCCAAAGACUGGGCAGACGAGACUGGAAGGCUUCUCCUCAUAGGCGACGCCGCACAUCCUUUUUUUGCUUGUGGGACUCAAAGCUGCAGUAUUCACAUCGAAGAUGCUGAAGUCCUCGGCAUUCUUUUCUCUCGCCUCAACGACUGGGAUCAAGUUCCGAGUCUCGCUGAAGCCUUCCAGGAACUGCGCUAUAAGCGAUGUCACGCCGUAAACGUUUACGAGCAACAAUCUUUUGAGUCGCUGCGAGCGCCCAAUGGGCCAGAACAAGUGGAACGGGAUCGAGUGCUGCAUACGAUGCUGGUCAACGUGCACAAUCCUCGGGAUGAAACAACAGGGCGUGAUCAGUGGGAGGCAAUCAGUGAAAUUUUUGGAUACAGCGCGACGGAAGCGGCGGAGGAUUGGUGGGUGCAGUGGGGUGUGCUGAGAGAGAGGAGUAAGGCUGGUGCGACACACGAUGGACUGCAAAUGACGUACGAGGUCACAGAAAUCACCGUCAGCCCGCAGUUGCAGGACUACGGGUUCAUUAUGCAGGACACGACAGUGGUAUGAGGGUGGGCAUGAGUGUUUUUCGGUGUUCGAUCCCUCUUUCCUUCUCGCAGAGCCAUGCAUGAUUUUGAUUCGUUUAUUUAUUGUCCCCUAUCCCGAUAUUUUUCUUAUAUUUAUUGUAUACCUGUCGUUACUUGACACACACCUCAACCAUGGGCAUUUGCGGUAGCAAAGCAUUUUGUCGUAUUAUACACAAUCUAAAUGUAGCACACAAUAUACAAACUAUGAAAAAGGAAUGUCCCACCUCUCGCUGACUUGCACUUAUAUACACCUCACGUACCUACAAGUAGAACUCUGGCUUGCGGGAGUUGAUGCCAUACUCCGCCAAGGCUGCACUCAAGUCAUCCAUGGUAAGUGUGGUUCUCGUUUUAUCCUUUGCGGAACCUGGGCCGGAAAGGGGCUGAUUGGCACGCGCUCGUCCACCUGCAGCAUUUGUACGUAUGCGAGCAUGCUGAUAGGCGUCUGCGGCGAUGUCAGAAACAAACUUUUGAGCGGCGAGGGACAGAAGACGUUUUAACCGAACGUCCUCGCAUUCGAAGCCUACCCGCUGCAGAUAGUAAUCUGUGACUUCAUUAGGAAUCAAAGGUUCAUAAUCAUCGAGUAAUAAGAGGAACUCGGCGAGGGUACGAUCCUUGCGUGCCUCCUCAGCAGCCUGGCGCGUUUGUGGUUGGGAAGGAGCAGCUGUGCUGGUGCUGGCUACAGCUGGGGUGGCUGCCUGAGUUGCAUCUGUGAAUGACUGAGGCGGGAGUGAGGGUGCAGUGGAAUAGUUGAAGGCGGGGGACUGGGACGCAGACGAGUCUGAAAACGGUGUCGACAUGAUAUUGGAGGGACGAGCGGAGUAAAAUCAAGGC